GCCACAGGGAGUAUUCCAAUCACUGUCCGUCACAUAGAAUCCAUGAUCAGAAUGGCAGAAGCUCAUGCACGCAUGCACCUGCGAGAUUACGUGAAUGAGGACGAUGUCAACAUGGCCAUCAGGAUAAUGCUGGAGAGCUUUAUCAACACACAGAAGUUCAGCAUCAUGAGGAGUAUGAGAAAGACAUUUUCCCGGUAUCUGUCAUUCAAGCGUGACAACAAUGAACUCCUAUUGUUCAUCUUGAAGCAGCUUGCCCAGGACCAGAUGGCCUUCCAGAGAAACAGAUAUGGCACCACUGACCAGGAUUACAUUGAGAUCUCAGAGAAAGAUUUAGCAGACAAAGCUCGACAGAUCAACAUUCACACUCUAUCGGCGUUCUACGACAGUGAUAUUUUCCGACAUAACAGAUUCCAACAUGACACCAAAAGAAAACUCAUCAUCCAAAACCUGGUGUAAAAUACACAAACCCUUAACAACAAAAGAACUACUUGACAAGUGUAUAUAAAAUGAACAAAGAGCCAUCUUUGCCUGAGAUAUUUUCUCAUGAAACAAACAUGGAAAAUGGAUCUAUGUUUAUCUUCGGGUGAAAAUGCCUGUAUCACGUGAAUACAUUUAAAAGCUGACUAAAUGUCUUGUGUCACAUAUAGAUUAUAUGUCUUGGGAAACAUUUAAAAGCCUGGCAAAGUACCUUGUAAUAUAUUUUGGAGCUGGCUUGUAAUAUAGUUUAAGAAUUGACUUUAUGUUGUGUGUAAUAAUUGAGGAUUGAAUCAAUUUAUAUCUUUAUCUAGAAGACGUGUUUCAUGGUAAUUUGGCAAAAAAAUCCUUUCUAAUGAGACAAAAUUUUCACCUAUGGUAAAUCUGCUUCUUUCUGACAUUUUAAAAAUGAGCAAGUUCUGCCACAGGUUCUAUUAGGUAGGGGCCUUAUGCUUCCUCCCUUUAGAAACGAUUUCCCUUUUUGCCGUCAUUACAAGAGAGGCAAUGAAAAACCCAUUUCAUCAAAGUUCCACGUUUUUCUUAGGACUGCAGUUGCUUGAUGCAGUGAAUUUGUUUGAAUUAAUGAAUGUCAUUAUAAUGUCUUGAGAACAUUCCACCCAAAUGGUAAAUUUGAUUUUGAAUAGCUUCAUUUAUAAAAAAAUAUUAUGUAUAUACAGUCCACGCACCUUGUAUAUUUAUGACUUAGUAAAUUGUCUACAUUAUCACAGAAUGUACCCAUUUAUUGUGGUGGUUUGGGAAAUCGUGCAAAAGACUACAGAUUUAACUGAUGUGGAGUUCAUUGGUGCUUCAGUUUGUGCAGUCUCAAAAUGAGGUCUAUGAAUUUUAGAAUGGUAUUUAAAAGUGCCAGCGUGGUUUGUUCCCAAGAUUUGCAAGAAUAGGGAGCAACUGCAUGUGGUAUUUGGAUUCUGGUCUUUCAUGAAAAUGCUCGGUUACAGCCAACUUUCCACUUUCUUGGAUUUUCUCAAUAUAUUGUGACAUAAUUUAAGUUACUCCUAAAACAUGCGUGGAUUCCCUGUAACACAAUUAAAUUACUACUAGUUAUUAGUUUGUUAAACGACUUGAAAGAGCACAUGGUCCCAAAGGUUGAAC